GUGCGACUGUGGGUCAGGGAGGGUCUAGCACGAGCCUCUAUUCCAAUUCAAGCUCACAGACGUAUGCCGGAAUGGACUCAGGUACGCACGCGCACACAAGUAGUGGGGGGGGGGGGCACAGGCCCACAGCCACACCCAACGUAUUCGUGGCAGGAGCUGGCUGGUCUGACUGUCAUUACAGAAGAGACUGCGCAGAGCAGCACAGCGCCGCCCUCACGAGGCCCAUACACCCCCCCAGCCAACCACCGCGGAGGCAUCAACGACCUGGCCUAUGUCUACCUCAACCCCUUCAGACUUAUUGUCAGUGCGGGCGCAGACAGCUCAGUGAAGGAUGUGAUCAUAUCUAUCAACCAGGAUGUGAUCAUAUCUACCAACCAGGAUGUGAUCAUAUCUAUCAACCAGGAUGUGAUCAUAUCUAUCAACCAGGAUGUGAUCAUAUCUACCAACCAGGAUGUGAUCAUAUCUAUCAACCAGGAUGUGAUCAUAUCUAUCUACCAGGAUGUGCUCUUGAUUAGACGCUGACUCAGCCAAACACCGUGGCGAAAUCUAGUAUCUGGCGAUACAUAGCCCAUACACUCAGGUUCAUCAAAACGUUGGGCAAACAAUUGAACACAACAGAAUCGAAGUAGCCAGGAGUGUUCAUCCACAGGUUCCAUGUGUUUCCUGCCUACCCCCGUGACGAGUACAAUGAAGGUAGUAGGUGGCCGCACAUGAGUGCACUCAAGAGACCGAUAUUCCAUCCCGUGGGCCCUGUGAGCCCAGAAUUCUUGUGUCCUGUGUGCAUAGUUUUACCGCCAAAACAAAAUAAAAGGGUAUCCUC